GUCUCGUGAGAAGUGGCUCCCCCGGUGCGCACGCGACGGUUUAAGAGCCGCGCGCGCGUCUUCUAUGUGGAAAUGCUUUGCACAACAAAGAAAAACCUGCCAAUCCGCUGAGAAGGAAGGAGGAAGGGCUAAGACUUUUUGCACUCGUUUGGUUCUAUACGAGGAUAUUCAGUGUGCGCCAGGGCGUUAUUCAUCCUUAAUCCGCUUCCAGAUCGUCCAUAAUGAUGCCUUACGAAAAGGCACGAGCGCCGCGCCGUCCUCUGUAGGCAGGCGGGCAUUGCGCGCGCGCGCGAGUGCGUUGCUGCUUCAUAACGCCUUUAUAACCCGAGUUUCAAUUCUGAUGGCAGUCGGUUGCAACUCAUGAGAAAGUUGCAAUCACGGCAUUUUUUUCCCCCUAAGAUCCGAGAUCUAGGAUCUUGAGAAGAUCCCCGACUGACUCCUCUGUGCCACCCCUUCUGCCUUUUUUUGAAAUUAUGGGAAAUGGAUAAACUCACCAUUAUUUCAGGAUGCCUUUUUCUGGCCGCCGAUAUUUUUGCAAUUGCAAGCGUCGUGAACCCGGACUGGAUCAACACCGGAGAGGAAGAAGGGGCCCUCACCAUGGGGUUGGUUCGGCAGUGCCAGACGAUUCACGGGCGGGACAGGAUAUGUUCACCCCCGAGCCUCUCCCCGGAAUGGCUCGCCACUCUCUUCUUUUUAAUCAUGGGCAUCAUUUCGCUCUCGGUCACAUGCAUCCUGUUGGUGCUGUCACACUGGCAUCAAGAGAUGGUAAAGUACGCCCGCUGGAUCGCUUUCACAGGAAUGGUCCUCUUCUGUCUGGCAGCUCUCAUAUUUCCGACUGGAUUUUACAUCAGUGAAGUUGGUGGACAGCCGUAUAAGUUACCCAACAGCACCGUUGUGGGAUCUUCAUACGUACUUUUUGUCUUAUCGAUAUUUUUCACAAUCGUCGGACUGCUGUUUGCUGGGAAAGUCUGCCUGCCCGGCUGACAAAAAGCUGCAUCAUUAAAAAUAUUUGUUGCCCUACAGCUUUGCAUAAAGCACCGAAAGACUGAAGGGUUUUUUUUUAUGCACUACAUCCAGACUUGUGUAUUAGAAAUGCAUUAUAUCGCUGACACAGACACACUUCCCCAUUCGGUAUUAUCUUCUACAGAUGAUUAUUUUGAACGAAUCCAGUUCUAUCUGGUAUUUUUUCCUCUUUUUUUUUUGUAUGUCACCCCUGUGUUCGUUAUACUCGAUAUCACGGCAUGUGGAAAUUAUUUAAAUACCAUGCUUCAUUUUUUUGGCAUCAGCUUAAAGGUGAUAAUGACUGCCCGAGCCGGGGGGGGAAGCGUUUUCUUGCUGUACAUGAAGAGUCUUUUCAAACCACAAUACCAUCUUUGUCCUUUUUCCUCCAGGAUGAAAUAUCAGCCUGUUAUUUAUAGCUGAACUCCUGUGCCACUUUCAGUUUUAUCCAUCUAUUUGCGAGAUUCAUCUGUGUAUGAAACGGUCUCGUUUCCUUGGCAACAGCCAGCAUUCAGAGAAUCGAAGCGAGAAAUUUCUUCCCUCCUCGGUUCUAAAAACAUAAAAAGAUUAUCCGUAAUUAUUUUUUCCGAACGUUGUAAGUGUCGACGUUAAUUAAACAAUCGGUUUUUCUAACAAGAAACCAAAACCUUAAGGUGACAUCUAAUAUCCGACAUAAUGACAAUGUGGUUGAGACAAGAGAGUAAAUUUGGACUAUAAAAUACUAUAUAUACACUUUAAUGCCAAAAGUUUGUGGACACCUGGUCAUAAGUACCAUUCCACAUUUAAUCCCAAUUUGCUUAUAUAAUUCCCUCGACUCUUCUGGGAAGAUGUUGCACU